AUGACACCUUCGGAAAUUGCAAACAAAGCCUUCGACACCACGCUUGAGGUUGUACAACUGCUGAUGAAGCGUUGUAUGAAAUUAAAGGAAAGUGACCCAGCCGCGUUGAUAAUCUCAGAUGAGAUCGCUAAACGGGUGUACGGCAGCAUUCAAAAGCCGGGAGAUUUGUAUCAUUGCCCUGACUGGAACUCCGUGAUGGACAACGACCCGCGCAUCAAGACACACCCGCUGUUCCAUAAGACUGUAGGCUAUCGUCCCUAUCUUGCGUAUCCCGACGCAGAACCAGAAUCCAGCAUGCCGUCAUCCGCUGUCCCGCUGGAGCCUCAUUCAACGAUAGGGACCGUCGUGGAAGCCUCUACACCUCAACAGCUUGUCACAUCAAUGGCCCCACAGCUCAUUCAAUUGCUCCAUGUCGUCCCGGAGGUGAAACCGCUCCUUGUCGUCCCGGAGGUGAAACCGCUCCAUGUCGUCCCGGAGAUGCAACUGAUGACAUCUGAGCCGCCAUCCCCCGCUGCACCGGGCGUGGAACCCAUGAUGUCAGGUGUCCGAAGUACCAUAACGCCCAUGGUCAUACCGGAACUGCCACCACAGGUUUCAAUACGUCCCGUGACCGUCGGACAAAACAAGGGGAAUAUCAGAACGGCACGGCAGAUAUUCCCACCUACCGGUAACCAGCAGAAAAGGAAAAUGGACGACAGCGAACCCGAACCCCGCCGAGCGUCCCGGAAACCAGUCCCGAAACGAAAGAGGAAGUUUGAGUCGGAUGAAGAGGAGACGAAUGCCACCGGUACCAUUCAUGUUAAGGACAUGCCUCCAUCCGACUUUGUGGACGACAGAGGUUUUUGGGAUGCAGAAACUAGGCCUGCCGGAUGGGGCCUAGAUGCUACAGUUGCUACUUCGGUAGAGCAUUCCGUUCGCUACCAUCCCCGCAAAUGCGACAAAUGCAUCAACAUGGACGUGCCAUGCAUUGUGCUGCCUGAUAAGAAGUUCGGGUUUACAAGACUCGCUUGUGCGAACUGCGAUGAGAUGAAGAUUACCUGCGCGAUCGACGGUGCCGGUGUCCGGCAAAGGCUACAAGCAAAGGCACAGGGAGCUGCGAAGAACACCGGCAGCAAUGCACCGCUCAAACGUUCUAGGACGCGUGCACCCAAGUCACGCGCGGCCGUCACAGCACCUGUCGCAUCGGCUCCUGUGAAGAGAACUAAACUGUCCAAACGUUCAUCCUCCCUUGUCCUACAGAAAGGUCUGCCGGACAAUCCUCCGAUUGAGGUCGGGCAAGGACAGAUGAACUUGAUGCCGGAUGGUGCAAACUUGCAGGCGCCACCGAAUCACCGAUCGUUCCAUCCUGUGCCAGCCGCCCCCUCAGAGCCUGAACCCACUGCAAGAGCCAUAUUGCAAAGCAUCCAUGACCUUGGCAGGAGAUUUGAUCUCCUGGCAACCAAUGAGCGGAUGGAUGCUUUGGAUGUGAGGGUAGAUUCAGUAGAGCGGAAGAUUACCCUGAGGCUGACGGCGCUGGAGGAACGGUUCGCCGUAUCCAUUGCGCAUCAGGAGUCGUUGUCACAAUCAAUCGGUAAUCAUUCGAUGUCCUUACGGGUGCACAGCAACAAUCCGGGUGCACAUUUUCCUCGCGCCGACGGUAGUACGCACCCACCCCGGCACCUACCAGAACCAACCAUCAUGUCAUGGCUGACACAUAAUCAUGCCGGUGAUGAACAUCCUGGCAUCUCCACUAUAGACAGGGAGUACACCCAUGCAUGGGACCAGUCUCUUACGACGGGUAUGCAAGGCGACGCCCAGGCCUCGACAUCUAGUUGGCGGCCGACAUAUUUCCCGGAUCCUCCUUAUAUACACGAGCCUUCUAUUGCAUCUUCCCCGUUGUCUAGCAUGUAA